AGUCAAAUUUGGAAAACCCCACCGGAAGUCUUCUGUCAACUUGGUGGCUUGACGGCGGCUGUAGGAAUGGCGGCUAUGAUUACUAGAGGAAGGAACCCAAAGACCCUGAAACUUUACUUGUAGCGGCCCCGCAGAGGAAUCCGUCUGUAGCCAAACGCAGAAGUGCCGUCCCCCAUCACGGAAUUAACGGGAGCAGACGUGUCUUAACGUGAGAUUCUCGCGGUAGAUCCGGACAGAAGAGGCGGACGCACUAGUUAGCCUAACGUUAGUGCCGCUGACUUUGAUUCAAGGUAGCUGUUAGCUCGCUGCACUACUUAGCCAGCUGUUGGCUAACUUACUUGGCUUGGCUGGCCCAACAAGUUCACUCAAGUAAAUAACUGUGUGAAAGCCUUCGUUAUUCGCUACAUGGUUAUUCAGCUCUCUUUAGUGCUUUUUACCGAGAAGAGGGGAGCAGACGACGCCACUUCGACGCGGCGAACAUUGUUGCUGCUAGCGUUAGCUUGUGCUAAGUUGGGAUCCUGAAGUCUCGCCCAUUCUUUGGAUCCUGCCCCAGCCAUUGGCUUACGGGCGCUAAUCAACAGCCAACUAGUCCGCUUUUUAAGGUUCGACUGGUGCCACAAUGGAAAGUCUAACGUUGACUGAUAUCGAGCAGAAAUAUUACUCGGAUUUGUUCGUUUACUGCGACACGGACAACACCAAGAAAGUGGCGUCCAACGGGAGAGUUCUUGACCUUUUCCGGGCGGCCCAGCUACCCAGCGAAGUUGUCCUGCAGAUCACAGAGCUAUGUGGAGCCACUCGGCUGGGUCACUUUGGGCGGAGCCAGUUCUACAUCGCUCUGAAGCUCAUUGCCAUCGCCCAGUCCGGGCUGCCCCUGAGGGUGGAAAGCCUCAACUCGGUUAAGGACCUGCCGCUGCCCAGGUUCGUGGUGGGGAAGAACGAGGCCGAGGCGAGGCACGCCGCUCUCUACCAGGACGCGGACAGUCAGGGGAUGUACCCAGCCUCUGCCACCGCAGUAAUACCCAGACCGCCAGGCAGGGGUCUCCAGAACAAGAAAGGUCCCCCUCCAACCACCACGCUUCCUGUCCACGAGGUCGUCCAGCCCCUGGCACCCAGCAUAGAAACACAGCCCGAGCCGACGUCCCCGGUGGUCUCCCCUCACCAGUCGCCCCCCACCUCCCCUCACUCCUGGAGAAAACACAAACGGCAGCACAGCGGAGGGAACGUAGACAGACAGACGGUAGUGGCCGCGACCGGAGCUGUCUGGACGCAGUUCAGAGAACCACAAACGGCUCCAGUGUCCGGUGACGGGAUGUGGCCUUCGCACUCGCCCCCUCUACCAGGACAGGAAAGUUGGGUCAGUUUCACAGCAGACACCCCGCCAUCUAGCACGCUCCCAGCAAUGCACCCCUCGUCAGUACAGGAUAGCACAACGAUACGAACGGUGGCCUCGGCGGCGACGACCAACGAGAUCCAGCGACAGUCCAGCGGCUGCUACGACGACCCGUGGAAGAUCACGGACGAGCAGAGACAGUAUUAUAUAAACCAGUUCAAAACCAUCCAGCCAGACCUAACCGGCUUUAUACCUGGUUCAGCAGCAAAAGAAUUCUUCACCAAAUCAAAACUACCGAUUUUAGAGCUGUCACAUAUUUGGGAGCUGUCAGACUUCGAUAAAGACGGAGCGCUGACCCUGGACGAGUUCUGUGCCGCCUUCCACCUGGUCGUAGCAAGGAAGAAUGGCUAUGACCUCCCAGAGAAGCUGCCCGAGAGCCUGAUGCCAAAGCUGAUUGACCUGGAUGACUCAGCAGAGGUCCCGGAGGAAACUGCUGAUGUCGGUUACUCGGCCUCCCCGGUGGAGGUCACCCCCAACAAGUCUCCCUCCAUGCCCUCACUCAACCAGGCCUGGCCAGAGAUGAACCAGAGCAGCGAGCAGUGGGAGACGUUUAGCGAGCGCUCCUCCAGCUCACAAACUCUGACCCAAUUUGACUCUAACAUUGCACCAGCUGACCCUGACACCGCCAUCGUCCACCCAGUUCCCAUCCGGAUGACGCCCAGUAAGAUCCACAUGCAGGAAAUGGAGCUGAAGAGGACUGGCAGCGGUGAGACAACCACAAACCACCCAACCAGUCCACUGCUGGCCAAACCUCCAGAACUUUCCGAAGAAGCCAACAUACCUGCAGCCAUGUUUGUACCUGCCAACACUGUAGGUGAUGGUUACAGCAGCUCUGACUCCUUCACCUCAGACCAGGAGCCAAUCACAAGACAAAGGUCUCAGUCGGGGACGUCUCCAGAAGCUCUAAAAGUGACAGCCCCGCCUCCCCCUCCACCACGGCCUCACCCCUCUCAUUCCCGCUCCUCGUCUCUGGACAUGAACCGCACCUUCUCCGCCGUAACUGCCGCCGGACAACAGCAACCCUCUACGAUAGCUUACCCGCCCGCUGUGCCUCCUCGACCGCUCCCCUACACAGGUGAGAGAGGAAACGGAGAGGAAAAAACAUCAGCACCACACACUGGGCAUCGUGUGGAGACUGAAGGCGCACCCGGAGGCGGCGCCGCCCUCACCACCACCUCUCCCCAGCAGAUCCCCCAGCAGCCCAAUUUUGCCGACUUCAGUCAGUUUCGCUUCGCUGCAUCCGAACAGCCUUCCAGCCUGCCGGAGGUCGACAAACACAGCGAGCCCGGACAGGUGGAAAAGACAUCGGAGGGCGCCGGCCCUUUGAGAACAGUGAAGAGUGAUAGCCAAGCAGAUGAAAGAACUUCAGCCACUGUCAAUUCUGUGAAGGGCUCGUCCGGCCCGCUAGCUCCUCCCCCGAAACCUGUGCGUCGGAGGUUGAAGUCCGAAGACGAGCUACGACCAGAAGACGAGCAGCACGGUCCUCAGAAAUCAAACGUCAUAGCUGCUGUCCUGGCCACUCAGCCUUCCAUCCCCAGGUCGGUAGGAAAAGACAAAAAGGCGAUUCAAGCUUCAAUCAGAAGAAACAAGGAGACAAACACAGUGUUGGCACGACUUAAUAGUGAACUGCAGCAGCAAUUGAAGGACCUGCUUGAAGAGAGGAUAUCUCUGGAAGUCCAGCUGGAGCAGCUCAGACCUUUCUCUCAUCUUUAACCAACAAUGAGGAGACUGUGUAGUUCAUCUGAAGCAAAGCUGGGCCCUCCGUAGGACUCCCCUCCCCCCUCCUUUUCCUCCCUCCUCCAUCCCUCCCUCCCUCCCUACCUCCUUCCAUCAUCCCGGCUUCCCCCCGGAGGCUCCGACCUGCCGCCGGCCGUUCCGUUAAAACUCUCUCGCUAAAUCGAAUACUUAUCAAUCGUCGACCCCCGAAGGACCGAGAGAACAGUCUUACCACAGGGGGAGGGGGGGGGAGCGAAAGGAGUGUGGGCAGGAAAGUGGGGGGGCAGGGGUUGACUUUUACAAACUGGCACUUUUCGAUUAUUCUCUAAAGAGACGUGAAGGCGAGGACGACAGCUGUCUGAGAAAUGGUGAGGAGCGGCGGACAAGAUGCUCCUACUGCGAGUUUGGUCUGAAGACAAAAAAACGCUGGUGUCUGAUUACUUUACUCUCUGAGUGACUGAAGAAGAGACGCGGAGUGUGUGUGUGGGUGGGUGUGACCGUUACUGUGUUUGUGCUCCUGUUAAGUGACUUACUUGAGGCUAGCACCAGUAUGGUUGUUCUCUCUUAGGCGGGGCAGAAACAAUGUCACACCAAACUCCUGUUUUAAAAAAGGGCUUGUUGGGUAACUUUAAAGGGGCAGUUUAACUUUUUGGGAAAUAUACUUACUGAGAGUUAAAGAAGAGAAGCUCGGUGUCACUUUCAUGUGCUUUAAUUGUAGUUUGAAUGAGAUUAGCCUUAGUUGUAUUUUGUUUGUUUUAAUCCGUACAGAAGAAGUAUAAAAACGACAAUUUGUGGCUUUACAGGCAAAGCGGUGUUGAUCUUCUAGUUUAUCUCUCGGAAAAGAAAGUAUUUUUCCAAAUUGUCUUAGUGUUCCUUUAAUCUUCUUCUCAUAAACAGCUAUUUUAAAACUGGACAAGAAUCGUGGGAUCAUAAGAGACAUGUUACAACACAUAUUAAAACACUUGGAAAACAGAACCAGGUAUCUGCUUUUGCCACUGAGCAAAGAAACACUAAAACAGCCUUUUUUUUAAUGGAGUUUGGUGUGGACGGUCUCUCUCUAUUAGAGCGAAUAUACCGGGCUAUUUCUGGACAGGACUAUUGUAUGCGUGUGUGUGUGUUUGUGCAAGGCCUUUAUUGGCCCAAUCAUCACGGUGAAGGCCUUUCGACUCAUCCUGUGACAUGAAUUCAGCCCACCUCCCUCUUAAUACUCCCCACAACCCCCCUCUUGAAGUCUACGUGAUUGUGUGUGUGUGUGUGUGUGUGUGUGUGUGCGCAUUUGACGGCAUCAUGCAGUGAACGAAUGCACUUUGUCGUCUUUUCUCUAUAUGUGUGAGUGUGUUUUUUUUUCCUUCAUGUUACAGUGUUUGGGGAUUAAUGUGACUGAAUGGUUUAAUCUUAUGCCAAAAUGACUGAACUCUCACUCUGCUCUCUCGCCUCUACUUGAGCUGUGUUUAAAAAAAAAAAAAAAAAGAAAAAGAAAAAUGCAACUUCUUUUUCAUUUCGUACAGGUUUUUUUUUCCUCCAUUUUUUUCUCUUUUCCCUCCCAAACACAGCUGUGGAUCAACAUUUCAGCUUUUCUUUAAAAAAAAAAACAAAAAACUCUCAUUCUCAAUUGCAGUGGUUAUUAACUCCACCUGUACAGAGAGGAAAAAAAAAAGAAGCAAAACAAGACGUUCACUUGAAGGUUUGAAAGGUAUUUCAGCUGCUCGACUGCAGGAGGCGGCAUUUAUGUGUGUUGCUGAUCAGGGAGAAGUUUUUUUUUCUUUUUUUUUCUUUUUUUUUUCUUUUUUUUUCUUUUUCUUUCCCGGUCGGCAAACACGUGCACAGAUCCAAACUGAUGGUGCGGAUAGAGUUUCCAUCCUCCAGUCGGACAGUCAGCACUAUGCAAGUACGGGGCGCUACAUCUCCACAGACCAACUGUACUUAGCUGUUUGUACUAUGAUAGUAGCAACUGUGUGCAACAGUAUACUCUGUUUCUUUUUGUAUCUUAGAUCUUCCAGAACACCAUCUACUGUAUGUUUGUGAUUCAUUUUGCCUUUUAUUUAGUUUUUUUUGUUUUUGUUGGUACUGACAAGCAGUUUAUUUCCCGCCCCCUUCUCCCCAGUCCCGGCUCCAGAGGGAAGUUAACUCCAGAUCAGUGUUGCAUCAGGGCACCCCGAAAUCUACAAGAUAUAUGUAUAUAUCUAUGUAUAUAGAUAUAUAUAUAUAUAUAUAUGACCCUUUCUGGGUGUAGAUGAAGUUGAACAGGAUUAAAGUCGGAGACCAGUCAGUAGAAUGGGAGACCUGAAUGACCCAACUGCACUUUGAACUUAAACCCACUUCUUAUUUCUUUUCUUUUUUUUGUAUUUUUUUUUUGUUACGUUUUUUUUCUUUUCUUUCUUUUAACCUGCAUGUUUGUUCUUGUCUUUUGCAUAUAUUUAAAACAAAAAAAGUAGAUGCUUUAAAGAAGAAGAAGAAAAAACAAAAAAGGAACCACUCGAGUUUAAUUUCUUCAGUACAACCUGGAAACUAAUAUGUUUGUGCCAGUGCCCUAAAAUAUCCUGUCCUGUUUGGUAUGUUUGUUUUUUUGUUUUUUAAUUUUCUGUUUGGUCCCCCCGCCCCCCGAGCUUCCUGUGUGUUUGUGAAGAAUCCGUCUUCUAAAGCCUUACUACACCCCCUCCCCCACCCCACACCCCCUCCAGGACUGGCGUUCAGGUUUCCACGGUGGCUGACUGACCUCUCUUCCUUGUUGUAUCAAGGCUCGCCUUCUUUUUUCUGCUGUUAAGAACGAUGAUGUAUUUGCUGUGAGCGUGUGUGUGCCUGUGUGUGUGCCUGUGUGUGCGUGUGUGUGUUAUAUCGUUUCCAGACCUGGAUCUAAUACCAUUUAAAACCCUGUUAAAUACCAUCAUGUGGGAUUGAUUUAUGUUUGCUAGCACAACAGCACCCCCCCCCCCCCCCCCCCCCCCCCCCCCCCCCCCAUCCUUAAAACCCAAAUGGCAAUCCAGGCAGGCAGAAGCAAUCAGUCGUAACAAAGUCUUUGAUGGGAUUUUGAAUGCUAUUUGCUCCCAGAUCUGUGUUGUAUAUUGUAUAUGAUACACACUUUUGGACUCAUAUGUAAAUUUGCAUUAAUUGCUGACUAACAGCGAAAUAAUAUUCUAUUUAAUUCCUUCUCUCUUGGCUGUGGGAUCCUAGAUGUUUAACUGCAUGGAUGUACUGUAUCUCUGCAGAGUCAACUAGCAGCUGUGUGAUUUUUACACAAAAAUAAAAACGGCACAAUAUUUUAAA